AUGGAGGAGGGCACAGUGCCCCCCGCGAGAGACGACAGCAGAGCGCCAGCAGCAGAAGCGGCACCUCUUGUGGUGGUGUUCGUGGCGGGGCAGCAGCAGCAGCAGAAGCAGGAGGAGGAGGAGGAGCAGGAAGCAGGAGGAGAAGGAGAAGGAGAAGCGGAGGUGGCUGGUGGCUUUGGGCUCGUGGUGGUGGAUCCCCCGUGGGAGAACCGCAGCCUCUCCCGCUCCCACAACUACGGUACGUUGGCGCCGCACGAGAUCGCCAAACUGCCCGUCCGGUCCCUCCUCUCCUCCGCCGGGGCCUACGUGGUGGUGUGGGUGACGAACAACCCGGCCAUCCACAACUUUGUGAAGCGCAACCUCUUCCCGCGAUGGCGCGUACAAUACGUCGCCACCCACUACUGGCUCAAGCUCACGAGCAGCGGGGAGCCGGUCAUGCCGCUCAACUCGGCCCACCGCAAGCCCUACGAGGAGCUGGCGGGGCUGCGCAAGGAGAUGGUGGUGUGCAGUGUGGCCAACCGCUACGCGCGCAAGCCUUCCCUGGAUGCCGUGGCGGCUGCUGGCUGCUGGCUGCUGGCUCGUGGGUGUUGA